UAUCUACAGUAUCCCCCUGCUGGCCCAGGGUGAGAACUUCAGUACAUAACACUUCCUUUGCUACAGAAAAAGGAUAUAUAUUUUUUAACUUCCUUCAGAAGAUGAAGGGGAGAUAUAAAUCCAAAAAUACACAAGUGUUUGUUCUAUGGAAAAGGCCAUUGGCCAGCUCAGGAGCUGGUGAUCUCUGCUGGAUUUCAGAAUGGAUUUAACCUUUGCAGUGGCUUUCUGUAGGACAGUGCAACAGUGAUCGUGACCUUGGAAGGAACACUGGUUGUUUCCCCAGUACCAUUAUACCCAUUUGACUUGCUAAUCUAGCAGCGUCCACAUCAAGGUCUCUGUUGGCUGUUAACGUACCCUACCUUGAAAACGGCAUAUUCUUCUGGAAUGUAGCCACUGUCCAUUUGACUAAAGGAAGAGGCCAAAGUCCUUGGCCCCACCAUGGGUCGCUUAGACGACAAUGCCAAGAAACGGAUUGUGGAGCUGCGCAAAGCUGGCUUGAGUUUCCGCAAGAUCAAAAAGGUGCUAGAACUGGACAACAUCCGGGUCACCCCGCAAGCCAUCUACCUGUUCCUGAAGCGCAAGAACAUUGAGCCCAGCCAGCCCCCACCUGUCUCUUUUCUGCAACCUGCUCUGGAGAACGGAAGCAGGAAGACUCUUGUGGACCAAGCUGGCUGGGAGGACAACCAGCUCUGGAAGUUACUGCAGGAAAACGAGACUGAGCACCAUGGGCAGAGAGAGGCUGCUGGCUCUGUGGCAGGAGUUGGCCCAAGCUAUGAGGUGCCGCCUUGUAACGGCCAUUGUGAUGGCGAGGAGCACAUCAAAAUAAUUAGCGUGACUUCCUUGAGCAAGGAUGGAGGGCCAUUUGGGAAGCAGAGUGCCUCCCAUGAGGGCCUCUCCAGCGGAUCUCAGCUGGGCCAGAAUAUGGGUGACAACUGCCCAGGGCCAAAACCUUCUGUGUCGCCCAGCUGCCUGACUCCAUUUGCACCUACAGUUCCUCAGCAUAAUCUGAAUGGCAAAGGGAAGGCCUUUCUUCCACCUGCCCGGAAUCCUGCCUUGAUUGUGAAGAGGAAGAUCGUAGGCCGCGCCAUCCAUCUCCAGAAAAAGGCAAAUGUACAGAACGGGCAGAAUUCAUCUGGUUCUACACCCAGUUUGCCCUUCAUGAUGAGGGUGCAGCCAACUGGCCAUCCUUCCAGGGGGACAACUCCUCUCCCGAUGGCAUCUUCUGGCUGCUCUGCACAUACUAAAGAUGCCGGUACUCAGACUUGUACAUUUAACCCCACCUACCCUCCAGUUCAUCAGAAUCCUCAGUGGGGAGCUCAGAUGACUACCUCCUUGGUACCUGCUGCCAACCCUCAGCCGCUUGCAGAGAAACUGGAUACAGUGCACACUGAGGUCCAGAAGCUUGCGCAGGCUGUGCAUAUGGUGCUGGAGCGCCAGUGCCGACUGGAGCGCCAACAGGAGCAGCAGCAGCGCUUCCAACAGGAGCUUCUCAUGACGCUGCAGCAGCUCAGCGCCACUGUUGGCCACGGGGCAGUCCCUGCCCAUGCCCCCUGUACUCCUUACAACGUGGCUGACCCCUCGCCACCCUUGCCAAGCUUCAGCCAGUUCAAGAUGGAGCUUAUCUGACCAAGGACUACGGGGAUGGCAGUGGAGGUAAUGAGUGAGUUGUUUUAUGUUCUAAGUGUAGCGUAUUUUUCGCUCUAUAGGACGCACCAGACGAUAAGACGCACCUAAGACGCAAGGAAAAAAAAUUGGGAAUCCCAGAAGCCAGAACAGCAA